AUGAUCGCCUCAACCACAUCUCGCUCGCUCGCUCGAGCAGCCGUCUCGAGCAGGUCGGGCGCUUCUUCCUCGAGCCUCCUCCACCUUCCGCUGUGUACGACCACGCCCUCGAUACGAUGCAUCUCCUCUUCCAGCUCGACGCCCUUUCCCAGCAGCUCCUCUUCUUCUUCGGCAUCUGCGUCCAGAUCGCUGUCAACACCAUUCCGCCCAACCUCGUCGCUUUUGUUCCAGCACACGCUGCCUCGACCCAUCGCAACCCCCAUCAUGAUCGGCGCAGGACUCGUCACCGCGGGACUCAUCGCCAACCUCUUGCUCGGCUCCAAGAACGGUGCCGGCCCUUCCGGCGGUAAAUGGAUCAAGGGCGGAUUCAAUGCCAAGAUGGACAAGAAGGAGGCGGCACAAAUCUUGGGACUGAGGGAGACCGCUUUGACAAAGGCCAAGGUUAAAGACGCACAUCGACGAAUGAUGAUUGCAAACCACCCGGAUCGCGGCGGUGCUCCUUACCUUGCUUCCAAAAUCAACGAGGCCAAAGACUUGCUCGACAAGAUCGUCACUCGUUGA